CUCAGAAGAGCUCAUGAUAAUCCAACUGGUGGAUAUCAUUCGCUCGGGACCUUGUACCCUGUCUACAGAGGAAGCCCUAGUAAGCCCUAGGGUUCUAGUGUGCAGCGGUCAAAAAAGCAAGCCGUCAACUCCACUCACAAUUUGAGAGCACCCAGCCUGCAUCGAAGCUGCCGCUGAUCGAAUCUCUUGACUGAUGAAUUGACAAGGAUGUAAAUUGUUCCUUGUGUGAGCCAGACAUUCCGGACCAGACCACAACAAUUCAGACAGCAUGGCGACUCAUACUUAGCCUGCUAAUACCCCUGGCCGUGCUUUGCUUCAUGGCACAUCUUCCAGACGUCGAAGAUGGCUAUCGCUCAAAGGUCAGCGCUCCCAAACGAUAUCUCCGAGACACGACAUGCGGCAAUCUUUGGCGUGGGCAUCGGCUUCAUUGCGUUUGACUACAUCGUUGUCACGCUGCGCAUUUAUGCCCGCGCUUUCAUGCUGCGCGCUCUGGGGACGGACGAUAUUCUGAUGAUAAUCGGCGCGAUACUCAACUUCGGAUUAUCGAUAACGAUCAUGAUCGGCUCCCAGUACGGGAUCGGAAAACAUGCGCUUGCCAUAGCGGAAAGCGACACUUGCAUCUGGGUGACGCGUAUCUUCUACACGCUUUCUAUGGGGCUGGUCAAAAUGUCCUUACUGUGGUUCUACCUGCGCCUGGAUCCCCGGAGAUCCAUGCGCCGGGCUGUCUUCUUCGUUAUGUUCCUUAACAUCGGACUAUCCCUCGCGAGCUUUAUCGGCUCACUCGCCAGCUGCAGUCCUCCAUCCUUGUUCUGGACGAACCCAAUAGGGGAUAGCCGCUGCAUGUCCCUAGACGCACAGCAGCUAUUCUACGAGGUUAAUGGCGUGUUGAACAUCGUGACGGACAUCCUGAUCUAUCUCCUCCUGAUUUCAGUCGAGAAAUAUUUGCGAUCUAACUAG